AUUUCAGAUGCACACAUCCGUCAAAAACGCCAACUGCAAAACAAGGAUUCAAACACCAGUGAAACCUUCACCAGGAAAGAAAUUCAAAUGGCCUGUACAAAAUAUUGUCCGAAAGGAAUCAGAGGACGACGAGGCAGGCCUGGUCCGCCAGGCAAGCAUGGUCCGCCCGGGCCUCAGGGAACACAUGGGCCUAAGGGUUCUCAGGGAGAUCAGGGGCCUCCUGGACCUAAAGGCGAUAAGGGCCCUCAAGGACCCAAGGGCGAUCCUGGUGAAUCUGUCUCAGCUCCUUCUAUUGUGUCACCUCUGGUAUCUAUGGUGGUAAAUGAAACUGGUAUAGCCUCAUUUCAGUGCGAUGUUAAGGGAAAUCCAACACCUCAGGUCACGUGGCUGAAGCAGAAUUCAAGUCUUCCCGACGACAAACGAAUUGUUCAAUCACGUGAUGCAUUAAUGAUUAAAGAUGUUAUGUCACAGGAUGGUGGAAUGUACACGUGUAAAGCAAGAAAUAUUCUUGGAAUGAUGACUUCAUCCGCUAAGUUAACUGUCCAAGGUGAGGAAUAGACAUUUAUUCUGAGGCCCUGGGAAAUGGUUUUUGGGGAAAAAGGCUCAGUCACUCAGCAAAAAUGUUGACCGCUCUUGUGAAAGGGGAGGGUUAAUCGUCGACAUUGAAAUUAAACCACUAAAGCAGACCAACCUACUGUAGGCACGGAUCCUGCUUGAUUUGACCCCUAAAAGGAUCCUAAAGUUACGUUUCAUAACCAAUGCUUUUAAAAAUCGGCCAAAUCAGAGACAUAAGAACGUACUCAACGAAAGUACAAAAUAAAAGUAAUCUGCACGCUCACUUAUCGUCUUCUUUGCUGCAAUGAGGCCUUCAUGACCUUUGAAAACCUGUUUUUCAAAAUGAACUUAAACGGUUAUCUUCAGGGGUUACCACCCAACACGUUACUGAUGUCCAAAACAGAUUGAAACAAAACCAAGCCAAACAGUCUUGUAUCCAUGGUUAUUGUCCUGCUACCUUUCCUUAGCUUCCAGAGAAAACAAUCACCGCAUCAAAUCUUUCUCCUUAUCUUACAUGUUAAUGUGACGAUACUUUGUUCAAACACAUCGGGUUUAAUUUGACAAAUUAUCUAAAAGAACAAUUUAUGAUUUUAAGACACUUAAUAAUUCGACAACAAUUUUAAAUUUGGUCUAUUUUCUUAUCUACCAUAGAAAUACAAAGUUGUGACCAUGUUUUGGUCAUUUCUAUGGUCGAUGAGAAUAUAGACUAAGGAAAACUAUUGUUCGUAUGUUUCAUACAAUAACUUUUUCUCGACAACAAUCUUUUUGGUCUAUUCUGUUAUCGACCAUAGAAAUGCAAAGUUGUGACCAUUUUGUUGUUAUUUCUGUGGUCGAUGAGAAUAGAGACUAAGGAAAACUGUUGUUCGUUUGUUUCAUGCAAGAACUUGUACAGCCGGAAAAUCGCGCGAGAGAGAAAGAUCUAAAGUAAAACAUUGCACCACCAUUAGGUCAUUUCCAUGGUUUAUCAUCUCAUUGACAAUAGCUCGAUCUCGACCAAUCGGCGCCCGAGAAAUCGCCAAGCAAUUUCAAAUAGGUGUAGUUUCAACAUAUAAUGCUUACAAAGUCAUUAUGCGAUUACACCAUUGAUCAGUUUUCAUAAUGAGUUUUAACUUAUUAUGAAAACUGAUUAAAAGCACCCUUGUUACUCUUACAUGUCUCUGAUGUCAAAGCUGAUUCUGUUUUACAGUCCGCGCCUUAAUCACUCAUAAACCAUCAUCGAUCACAGUGGAAGAAGGACAAAAUGUGAGCCUGCAAUGUAAAGCUGUUGGGUUGCCUUUACCAAAAGUCACGUGGCGGAAAGCGUUCAGCAAGUUGCCGGUAAAGAGAAGCUCAAUAGCCAAUGGAAACCUGAGUAUCCGCAGUAUAACAAAAGCAGAUAGUGGGACUUACGCAUGCUCAGCAAAGAAUCUCCUUGGAGAUGACUCCGCUGUCGCCUUGGUGAUGGUAAUUAACAGGCUACAAUUCAUACUCAUCCCUCUAAACAAAGUAAGCGCCUUAGAAUGUAGCAAACUGAUCUUGCAUUGCGCAGCUAAGGGUUCGACAGAGAUCAUUUGGAAACGAGUGGGUAAGCAAAUGCCUCAAAAUCAUGUUGUUUAUUCAAACGGAACCUUGCUUCUGACAAACGUUUCUCCAAAUGAUGCUGGUUCGUAUACAUGCAUAGCGAAAAACUCGCUGCGGUCUAUUGAAGCAUCAUCUGUUGUCGAAGUGCCCAAACGAAAACCCACAUCCUGUAGCGAUUUAAGAUCAAGCUGCAGAGAAAAAACUUCAGGUAAUUAUAUUAUUGACCCUGAUGGCAAAGGAGGCGUGGCUUCGUUCAGCGUGUAUUGUGAUAUGAGUGACAAGGGCGGAGUUGGCGUGACAGUCAUAAGUCACAACAGCGAGAGUAGAACUCAUGUUGGUAACAUUCCUGGAUGUGGAAGUGCAGGUUGUUACAGGAAAGAUGUGACUUACACUGGAGUUAGCACUGCUCAGUUGGCAGCACUCACUCGAGUCUCGCAGAACUGUGAACAGUUUAUCAAGUUUGAAUGCAAUAAUGACAUAGUUUUCAUUGAGAAUUCAUAUGCCUGGUGGGUGUCACGUGACGGAACACGCAUGAACUACUGGGGUGGAGCUACAGGAUAUGACAACAUGUGCGCAUGUGGAGUAACAAACUCCUGCUCUAAUGGUAACAAGUGUAACUGUUACAACAGUGGCAGCGGUUGGAGAGAGGACAGCGGUCUUCUGACUGACAAGUCCGCUUUACCAGUGACUCAGAUCAGACUGGGAGACUUGGAUGAUUUAAGUGAGGAAGGUUAUCACACAUUAGGCAAACUCAAAUGUUAUGGACAAGCAUGA